GGAUGGAUAGCUGCUUGUAUGCCAAGUAUGAAGAGAAGGUCCGUCCAUUUAUUGAUCUCAUUGACUCCCUGAGGUCCCUGGGGGUUGAUAAGGACCUGUCGCUACCGGCAAUUGCGGUCAUCGGCGACCAGAGUUCGGGGAAAAGUUCUGUUCUGGAGGCUCUGUCUGGAGUCACCCUCCCCCGAGGCAGCGGCAUUGUCACCCGAUGUCCCCUAGAGCUUAAACUUGUGACAGCUAAAAAAGGUUCAGAAUGGAAGGGAAAAAUCAGCUAUUUGGCAAUCAGCCGGGAUCUACUGGAUCCCAUGGAGGUGGAGGAAGCAAUCAUGGAAGCUCAGGACGCAAUAGCUGGUCCAGGUGAGGGGAUCAGCUCUGAGCUUAUAAGCCUUGCGGUGAUCUCUCCUAACGUUCCCAAUCUUACACUCAUUGAUCUCCCUGGAAUUGCAAGAGUGGCAGUUGGAGGCCAGCCGAAGGACAUUGGAGACCAGAUUAAAGAGCUCAUCAGAAAGUAUAUUGAUAGACAGGAAACCAUCUGCUUGGUUGUGGUCCCGUGUAAUGUUGACAUCGCUACAACUGAAGCCCUGGAGAUGGCCCGUCAGGUGGAUCUUAAUGGGGAGAGAACUUUGGGAAUUCUAACUAAACCUGAUAUGAUUGACCUGGGUGCAGAGAGACAAGUUGUUGAAAUAUUAAAAAAUGAAACUGUCCACCUAAACAAAGGCUACAUGAUAGUGAAAUGCCGGGGACAGCGGGAGAUCCAGGAAAGGCUCUCGCUGAACGAUGCCUUAGAGAGGGAGAAGUAUUUUUUUGAAGUUCAUGACCAUUUUUCUGAUUUUCUGAAGAAAAAAAAAGCAUCGGUCCCGUGCCUGGCGCAACGACUCACAACGGAACUCGUGGAGCACAUCCGUAAAUCACUUCCGUCCCUGGAGCAUCAGCUAAAACAGAAACUUCAGAAAACAAAUGAUGAGCUAGAGAAGUGUGGGCAGAUUGUACCCGACGAUGAGCAAGAGCGUUUUACCUUCCUGUUGGAUAUGAUAAAUCAGUUCAACCAGGACAUUGUCAGUGUCACACAAGGAGAGGAAGAAAACCCUAAACUUUAUGCAAAACUCCGGGAUUCCUACAGUGACUGGCAGACUAAACUGGACGGCUGCUACGAUUACACCACGCGAAAGGAUGAAGUUGAGGAAUUUGUGAAGUUGCAACGUGGGAGGGAGCUCCCCCCGUUUAUUAAUUAUAAGACAUUUGAAGCAAUUGUUAAAAAGGAAAUCGGUAGCAUGCAAGAUCCUGCAACGGAAGUGCUGAAAGCUGUGACAGGUGAGGAUGUUCCGGCGUAUUAUGGGAUUUAA